AUGGAUAUUGUGAAUCAGUUGGUUGCAGGCGGACAGUUCCGAGUCCUCAAAGUUCCCCUGGGCUUCAUCAAAGCUCUAGAAUGGAUCUUUGCCAUCUUUGCAUUCUCAACAUGUGGGAGUUACUCCGGGAUGUUCAAGAUGAGUGUGGAGUGUAAAAACAGGACCGAGAGCGACCUGAGUAUAGAAGUGGAAUUCGAGUAUCCUUUCAGGCUUCACCAAGUAUACUUUGACGCCCCAACCUGUAAAGGGGGUCCCCCCGAGCGUCUCUUCCUGGUUGGUAACUACUCAUCCUCGGCUGAGUUCUUCGUCACCAUCGGUGUGUUUGCCUUCCUCUACUCCAUGGCUGCCCUCAGCGUCUACGUCUUCGCCCUGGAGAAGUACCGAGAGAACAACAAAGGACCACUCAUUGACUUUGGCGUGACGUGUGUGUUCACCUUCAUGUGGUUGGUCAGUUCAGCUGCGUGGGCUAAGGGCCUGUCGGAUGUCAAGGCGUCCACGGACCCUGAGAAAGUGGUGGAUCUGAUCUCAGCCUGCGACGAGGAAGGGAACCGCUGUCGUGAAGCUCACGACCCCGUCAUGUCUGGACUCAACACCUCCGUCUGUUUUGGCUUCAUGAACCUGGUCUUAUGGGGAGGAAACCUGUGGUUCGUCUUUAAGGAGACCGGCAUCAUCGCCCCCUUUAUGCGCGCACCUCCUCCCCAGGAGAAGCAGCCCGCCCCAGACUCGUACGGCCAGCAGGCGGGGUACGAGCAGGACCCGUACGCCGGUUCCCAGGGGGGCUACCAGCCAGAAUACAACCAGCAGCAGGGCUACAACCAGGAGGGCGGAGAGUACGGACAGGCCCCCACCUCCUUCGCCAAUCAGAUGUGA